UCAAUAGGGUCUGCUAGUACCAACUGUGAAGUUUUCAACAUGCCAGCCAAUCCUUCUUGUGGAAUUCCAGUUGUAGACUUUAGCGCAAUGAGUCUAGACGUCAAGGAUCCAGAUCUAAGCAGCCAAGCUGUUAAAGACCUUGCUAAUCAAGUGUACCAAGCUUUCAGCACAACUGGAGUCGUUUAUUUUACAAACUAUGGAAUCCCACAAGAAACGGCAAGUCUAUCCUAUUCUAAUCAAUGGAGCAGAUCCAGGGGAGGGGCCUGGGGGGUCCGGUACCCCCUCGUUAGUUUUAAAAAAUCUUUUGAGACCGCCCUCAUCACCCCCGUUAUCUGAAGGUCUGGAUCAACCACUGCUAAUCACUUCUUGUAAGAACUAUAGAGUGGAUCGGAACCAAUUUAUACUUCACAGUCGUGUCUCUGAGAGAUUCUAAGGAAAUUCGAUUCACAUUCAGCUAAAGAAAUUAUAGGUCAAAAUUCGCCUCAAGUAAAAUCGUCUCUUAGGCGGUCUUGAAUACGCUGGGGCAUCCAGCAAUGGAUUAGUUCCUCAAAAUAUCUGUUAAUCAGGCAAAUGUUUGCUGGUUGGGAGAUUUUGAAAAAAUAAUCUGUCCUCAGAAGGAAAAUGUUGCUGGGAAAUGGACAAAUAAGGGUGUUUGAGAGGAUUUGGUCUCUAGAAUAGUUGGUAUGUUCUAUGGGCUAUAUGUCACAAACCUCUUGCGUGGGGUGAAUUUUUUGUCCUACGACCACACACCCGAACUGGCCAGUAACGUCUGGACAAUACGUCUGCUGGGAAACUUUCCAGUAAGUCAGGUUGCAGAAUGUAGGUGCAUCUCACUGGCUGGGAACUCUUCCAUCAGUCUUGCUGGGAAUGAGGGACAGAUAAAUUUUUCCCAGCAAUCUCCCAAAAUGCUUAAAAUGGAGUCUGAAAGCUUUAUUCACGCUUUGUUGUUUUUGGGUCUUUUUCUCGAAAUUGUGAAAGGAAGACCGUGCAGGGUCUUUUUUUUACGUUUCUAACAAGGUGGAGUGGACUCUGUUUUCUUGCUGGGCUUUAUGGGGUCUUUAUGGGGAAGUAGAACCCGUGAACAAUGGUACCUGAUUAAUUAGCCCGUCUAAUUUCUACGUAAUUGAAUUAUAUGUCUGUCCGAUCAUUUUUUUAGAGGAAAAAAUGUCUGUAGUAUUUGUUAAAUUACUUUGUGGUUUACUUUGUUAAUGAUCCUAUGAUCUUGCAGAUUGACACUACUUUCGAAACUUAUGACAAGUUUUUUAACUUGAACAUUGAUGUAAAGAAGAAGUAUGCAAAGAGAACCGGAACGACUCUAAAGAAUGGCUGGGAUGAGCUUGAAAGCGAAAGGUAUUCUUACUCUAAUUAUACUGAUACCUCUACGGAAGAAAAUUCUUUCAAAUUGAACCUUUUAAAAUGAGGAGUCUAAAAAGUACAGACCCAGGUGUCCGGCAUUCAAUUGUAUAUUUGCCUGGAAACAAGGCUACUUUGGGCAAUAAUGAACUCAGUUAAAGAAGUGGCGUUCACGUGCCCCCCGAAGACUAGCUGAACACAAGAAAUGCAAGAUUACGUUAAACACAUUGCUUGAUGUUUUUAUCCUAAAAUCGUGCUGAGAAAAAGGCCAAAAAAAAAAAAUGAAGAAAGUCUGUAAGGAGGUAAGCUUGUAAAGAACUCAAAAUAUUUUGAAUGAAUAAUAAAAUAAUUAUUGGACUUGGCUCUCGAAUGAUACUCAGCUCAUUCAAUAAUUGCUCUGUUUACAUACAGUUUCCACAGAAACUGUAAAACAUUAUGCAGUCCUGUCGUGUGUCUGUAAUGUCCGUAAAGUCCUCAAUUAAGACAAGCGAUAAUUCUGAGGGCCAGAGGCAAAAUACCGUAUGAUUCAUUUCGUGAACAAGGAAAAAUCUAUUACGCUCAAGUCGUUGCUUGUCAUUAUAUGAAUUUCUAUUUUCCAGUCACAAGAAAUUUUGCAAAAAGGGUAACUGUGGUGAUCCUGUGCUACAUAAACAUGACGGCAAAGUGUGACAUGUUGCGCCAGAAAAAUGAGCGCGGGGCCUGGCGUCGAUAAUGUCUUUUUUUUUUUGCUCGAUGCGAGUAAUUUUCCAUUCUCUUUUCGACGCUAGUCUUCGGCGUGCUGCAUGUAUGACAUGAAGGUGAACCGGGUAACUUAAUACGUUAGAUAAAUGAGCGACAUCUUUUCUUCCAUGCAAGAAAUCACUCUUUGUCCUCUUUAUUUUCUUCGACAAAGCAGGUUACGUUUCAUGCUUAUAUGACAUAUCAGGCCGAUAAAAUCGCAAGUGCCAACAUACAUCGUAGUCAGCAGUUACCGACACUGUACAACGACUUAUUACAUUUUUGAAUCCGAAACGUUUACGCUUCUUUUUUUCUACGAAACAUAGCCUAACCUGAGGAGUGAAAUGUGAAAAAUUAAACUGCAAACGGCCUAACUGACAGACGACCAAUAACAUCGCGACGUAACUAACCAAUCAGGUCAAUAACCAGAGUUUAAAACCAUCAACUGACGUGAUACAACUCACUUUAACUCUGAAGAUGACUACCGCAGAGGUUGUCGAAACGUCAGUCACUGUCAACAACACUUCUAUUCAGGACCAGACGACCAUGCUCAAUCUACUUAUGAAAUGACUCCUGCAACUGGGCACAGUUCCUUGUUCGAAGGCCGAUUAGCGCUAACCCUGGGUAAAACUUUAACACAGGUUUCUAUUUCUUUUGUUCAAAAGCAUUUUUCAGGAUAAUUUUCUCGAUUCUUGUUAGAGCAUCAAAUCAUUAAAUUAUGGACAAAAAGAAUCAAACUUAAUUUUCCUUUUAAAGCCUUCAUAUCUGAAUUGAAAUUUUGCACUGACCCUAGGUUAUCUUAACCCUUCUUUGACCAACCCAACCCAGGGUGCAAACCUUUUACAGAUUCAGACAUAACUAAAAAUGUAAGCAAAUGCUCUCUAGAGAGAGCUUUUUUCCAAUAACUAAUAUGACUUCACCGAACCUGUGUGCCAAAUUGCAGAGGAACCAGCAAUAUGAAAAGACCUGCGGACCUCAAGGAAUCGUUUGAUUUCUGCGGACUGGAAGAUGAAAAUUAUGUAAGUGUCAGUCAUUGUUUUACGAUCAAGAUAAAAGUUUUUAGGCAGCGCCUCGGAAACUCUGCGAGAAACCACUUAGAAACACGAUUUGAACCAACCCGCAUCUGCGACAUACAACUGACCCGUUAAGGUGGCAGAACACAGUUUUGGCAGUUUGUGAGUAUAUGUCAUUUACCAAAUCAUGGCAAGAAAAAGAUUGCAGCUCACAAACUAAAACAUGGCAAGUGAAUAAUGUACUGAUGAGAGAGUUUGGUUGACAGGGAAAUUUGACGUUUCGUAGUUUCCAUGGCAACAUGAACGAUUGAAUACAACUUUAAAAUUUCACUUUUGCUCAGUUUACAUGAAAUUCGCUCAUUAGAUUUUCCUAUAAAUAUACACACAGCUUGCUAUGAUUAAUCAUUACCAUUAAAAACUAUUUGACCAAAUUUUAACAGAUGAGUUUUUAGAUAAUCAAUAAUAUAAUUGUUCUGUAAUUAUUAAAUGUGUCACAAAAUUCGUCUGUUCAACUUCCAUUUUAAAGUUCUCAUCGUUUAAAAUACGAUAAAAGUAAAAAUUCUGCCAAAUGAGUAGAUUUUGAGAAAUCGUCUUCUGUGUACCAUUGUUUUUUUCGCCGCCAUGUUUGUUUGUCUAAUUUAAAACACGCGCCGUUACGCGAGUUACCGCUGACCGCCCGCAAAACUGUGUUCAGCCAUCUUAAUUUUAGUUUCAACGGGGUUGUGUUCCAGUGAUAGAGGAUUUUCAGCACUCUUAAGAAAAAUCUCCAUUGCUUAGUUACCUUAUUCUAUGUUCAAAAUCGCAUUCCUUUUUCUCUCAAACUGAACUACCAUGUAAUUAAGUCGUUUUCCAGUGAAACCAAAAUCUGAUGGGCGAGGGUUUUUUGAAUGAUCACAAAGAUCUUGUUCGCAGACUCUCGGCAAACUGACGUCAUUUAGUCAUAAGUUACUUGUGCAUUUGUCUGACAGGAGUAAUUAUUAAUUCUCAAUUUCUGCCUGGCUCUGAUUUGCCGUACAGAAGUUACACUAACGUUUAUGUAGCAUUCUCAAUAAUCGGUACUCACUUGUCAUUUUGCAGACUUGGCCCAAUGAGGAAGUCCCAAACUUUCAAGGUACUGUCCAAACCUUUUACGAGGACACAACAAACCUUGCUUUAAGGAUGAUGUCUGUCAUAGCCAUAAGCCUUGAUCUGGUACGAUCGAUUUUAUAGUUGUUAGUAUUAUGAUCUUAUGAGCGAAAGGAGUUGGGUAUUUAAAAUGUAAUUCAGUCCAAAGGUCUCAGUAUAAGAAAGGGGAACAAUCUUAAAUUUCACUAAAGUGUGUAAGACACGUGAAGUUUCGUUUUUAUGGCCAUUACCUUUAAAACACUUCUCUGUAACAGACCCAGUGGAACCCUACCUGGUGGCCUUCGAUUCAAGUCUACCCAGUGAAAAUUUAGCCUCCCCGAUAAGCUCCGAUACACGGAGAAUAGUUUGAUUCUACCCGGCAGAUUUUUUGCGUCCCCGGUCACUUUCUAUCAUUGCUUUUACAAGACCAGUGUAUUUCGUUGUUCUUAUUUGUUUAAAAAAAGCAAAAAGAUAAAACAUUAUUACCAUGGACAAAAACAAACUACGGAGGUUGCAGGUAAUAAAUCUCGCAUAAAAAGUGUAAAUAGUUUAGCUCUUCUCGCUACAGCAAUAUGUAAAAGGUGUUCAACAUUUUCAUGCUGGUAAAGAUGUAUGGCCUACCACCCCUUUCCGUUUUUAUGGGAAGUACACAACUAAGAGGAAAAACCCAGUGGAAAAUUAUUUAACUGUAAGCCCGUGCUCUAGUCUCAAGACAGCUAUUGGUUUGUUUUAAUGCUAUGUUAUUUUUCUUUAUGCAUACUUUUCAAAUGAUGCAAAAACAUUCUUCGGCCUUACCUUUUUGUUUUCUCAUCCAGGAUCCAGACACGUUUGACUUUGCUUGGCAAAAGAUGGGCACCUCCGAAGGUGGUACUCAGUUAAGAUACAACUAUUACCCAAUGAUAUCAGACCUAAGUAAAAUCAAGCCAGGUCAGAUUCGCUGUGGGGAACACACAGAUUAUGGUGGGAUUACACUGCUGUUUCAAGACGAUGUUGGUGGACUGCAGGUUAGAGAUAGAGAAACCUAGCUUUGAUACUAUCCGCAUUACGUUUUAUGCUAGAAAUGCGUUUAUCGCUAGGGUGUAAGGCGGCAGCACUGCAAAUAAGGAGAAACAAGCCUAUGGGUAAAAAAAAUAUAUGGUUUUAAAAAAAAAACAACGGCCAAGUGUAAAAAAGAUACCUUGGCCAGGAGUCACUACGCGACGUCAUCACAUAUUUAUUCUACCGGUGGACUCAAUUUGAAGCUGGUGGAGCUGUAUUUACCUUGAAUUAAAAGAUGUAUUCGAGGCAAAUGAGCAGGGAGUUGACGGUGAAAGCCGUAAUUCAAAAACACUCCAGUUUCAACGCAUUUGAAGAAUAUGUGGCCUUGGGAAUUUCGACAAAAUUAUAAACUCGCUCUGCGAGAAAUGCUUCUUGCCUUCCUAUAAAUGAUAUACACUCUUAAGCCCAGAAGGAUUUUUCAUAUUGCUUCAAAAUCGCCUCUUGUUUUAUGCCAACAUAGUUCAAUAGCAUGUAUGUACGUUUGCUUCAGGUGAUCAAUAAUGUUGAUGGACAGUUUGUAUCCGCCACGCCCAUGAGAGGCGCAGUGUUAGUUUUCAUUGCUGACUUGAUGCAGAGAUGGACAUCAGACCGAUACAAGUCUGUGGUGAGUUUAAAAGAUAACACCGACCUUGAUCCCUUGAUCAAAAACAUUACCACGAUCCAUGAUCGGUUAAUAAUAUUUAGUAAAAUCCAACUAGUGGUCUAUUAUCAAUCCUGCGUUCUGAUUGGUUGAGCUACUACUAGGCUAUAUGUUAUAGCCCACUAGUAGCGAAAAGCGCCUGCUUUGAAAACCAAAGCAAUGACGGAUGAAUGGCCUUUUGCUAGCUAAAGUUGUUCUGUCUCGAUAUUUUUGACCAACUAGUUGGAUUUUACUGAAUCAAUUAUUCCUCGAACCCUCAUGGGCUUUAAGUCAGUAGCCUAUGAGGCCGAAGGCCGAAGGCCGAAUGGGCGGGCUAUUGACUCAGAGCCCAUUCGGGCUCUAGGAAUAAUUGUUAAAGAGCCUUUUCACUCACGUGCCCUGCGGCUAUUCAAAUUUAGUAUAUACUAAAACAGUGGAUAGUGUUUUUCGAUUGCUCUGAUUGGCUACUCAAAGUCGGGAUAUCCAGUGCUAUUCACUGAUUCACCCCUCAGCUCCUCCGAGCGAGCGACGCCGGCGCGUAAUGGUUUCCCGGUUUACCGCCGUAACAAACGGAGAAAUUUCACAAUUAAUCAAACACGCUGUUCCCGAAAUUCACGAAUAAUGUGACGAAAUUUGGUUUGGAAGCUUAAACAGGCGAAGCUUUGUCUGUUUUACUCGAAAUUAUCGAUAAAACCAAAGAAAAAGUUUUUUGUUUACAAAUGCAAAUUAAGUCUUAUGUUACUUUAUUUAGCUGACAUGUUCAUGCAUGAAGCUUAAAACUAAACUUAAUAGUUUCUUACAGAAUGGUUUCAAAUACAAAAACAAUUCAUAACUCCAUUUGAAGAAAUCUCUCCUCAAUAGCUAAACAAAUGCCUUCGUAAGUUUUAUUUGUCGGCAAGAAAACGCGACGGCCGUUUGGUCAUUUAGCGCCAAAAUUGUAAUCGUUGGCAGCAGUCAGAAUGAGUUAAAAACCAUCAUUUUUUUUUUGCUCAAUUAUAUCACUGUUUUAGUAUGUACCAAAACAAUUAUCGCGGCUCGGUAAAUAUCUCCCCCACUCGCAACCCCCACUUCAGUGAAUCAUUGUUAUUUGUUGGCACAAAAAAAGUUUUUACAGAAGAAAAAGGUCUAUUUCCCACAGGAAUGGUUCAGCUGUUGGUUUGGGACACCAACGUGGCCGCCGUUUCAUUUUCUUGGGACACCAAAAAUAGCCGACGUAAGGUCGAGUGAAAACAAUCUAUCCACGUAAUAGACGUGAACUUUGGUGCCUAAUUCAUCCCACCAAGCAGCUUUAACAAUCUGAUCGAAUAUCCCGUUAUGCCAGUAGUGUUUUGUUCGCGUAUUUACGAACGGCUAAAUUUCAAAAACGCUUUCGAUAAGCGGCGCCCAGAAACGCCUUAAACGCCUCAACGGAGUUUUAAUAAUAUGUGAAGACACUUGCAUUGUUGAAACUUAACUUCCCACCUUUGAUUCUUUUAUUUUGCAAAUUGUUCAGUAGCUAGUGUGUUUUAAUCUACUUUUUUUUUCUUUCAUAAAACAGGUUCAUCGAGUGCUGAUCCCUGAGGAGGAAAUCAAACGAAGAGUUCCUCGCCGAUCGUUGGCUUUGUUUCAUGACCCGGAUGAUGACACUAUGGUCACGUGCCUGGAUGGAUCUAACCAAUAUCCACCAAUCAUAGCGAAGGAUUGGGUUUAUUACAAACGGCAUUUAUCUUACAAUGCAAAUCAGCAGCAAUGGCGUUAA